CAACCCCCAUCGCCUCCUCUGCUCCUCCUCUCCCCAACCAUGGCGGCCGUGGCGCCGCCCCCGGACAACCUAGACCCGCCGCCGUCAACUCCUCCCAGCACAGCAACUCCGCCUCCGGCCACCGCCACCGCCACCGCCACAUCCACCCCGCCCAACCCCACAACCCCUAACCCCUUGACCCCCAACCCCACCAUGCCAAGCCCUAACCCUAACCCCCUCCCGGGCCCUCCGCUCAUCAUGCCGCCGAUGCCCCCUGCGCCGGUGUCCUUCACCCCGUCCUUCCGCCCGAUGCCCGGACCUCCCCCGCCGCAGAUGCAGCAGUACGGCGCCGUGCGCAACCCGGGCUACCCGAUGCAGCCGCCAGGCGUGCACCACGUGAUGCGCCCGCCCACCAUGUACGCUCCCCAGCCGGGGCCCUACAUGCAGCAGCCCGGCGCCCCCGUUCCUCCCGGUAUGCAACGCUAUCCUGGACCAUACACUAUGAUGCGUCCAGUCUUUCCUCCACGCCCCAUGCCUCCAGUUGGUGUUAUGCCAAUUCAACGGCCACCCCUUAUGCCUGGGAUCCGUGGUGCUCCUCCUAUGGUAGCCCCUCCUGUCAGACCGCCUGCUCCAGCUGUUACACCUCUUGACAAGCCACCAACUGCAGUUUAUGUUGGCAAGAUUGCCCCAACAGUGGACAAUGAUUUCAUUCUUUCACUUCUUCGGAUUUGUGGACCUGUCAAGAGUUGGAAGCGGACCCAAAAUCCAAGUAACGGGAAACCCGUAGCGUUUGGCUUUUGUGAGUUUGAAUCUGCUGAAGGCAUACUUCGUGCUACUCGGUUGCUCAACAAAUUGAGCAUUGAUGGACAAGAACUCGUGGUUAAUAUUAAUGAUGCCACCAAAGAGUACCUGAAAAAACAUGUUGAAGAAAAAAAGAAGGCACAGGAGAAUGCCAAAGAAAAGGAAGAUGGAGGCGUGGAUGGAACUUCUGCUGCUGCUGAAAAUGAAUCAUUGAAGCUUGAUUCUAAUAAAACAGAUGAAACAGAAGAUGUUGGAGAUAAGGAUGACCAAGAAAAUACUAAGAAAUUUGGGAUUGUUACAAAUGAAGAUUCUGAGGCGGAUAAGGAGGCUGCAGAACAAAUAAAUAGUAUGAUUGAAGAGUGGUUAAAGACUCGACCACCGCCGCCGCCACCACCACCGCCGCCGGUUCAACCACUUGCUGAAAUCUCAUCCAAACAUAAUAAUGGAGAGUCUGGUGUAGACAUGACAAACACUGAUUCUGAAGACAAGAAUAAUGAUGACAUGGACAAAAGGGCAUCUAAUGAAACUGAAAAAGCAGAAACUGGCUCGCCUGAUAGGAGGAAGGAUAGAGAACAUGAUAAGGACAACAAGCGAGAAAAAGAUCUUCAAAGAUAUGAGCGUGAGCGUGAGCGAGAAAGAGUCAGGAGAGAUAGAGACAAGGAGCACAAGCAUAAAGAAGUGGAAAGGCUGUACAAAGAUCAUGUUAAGGAGUGGGAAUCCAGGGAAAAAGAGAAGGAAUAUCAAAGGCAAUAUGAGAAGGACCGUGAGAAGGAAAAAGAACGUGAACGUAGAAGGGAGAUCAUGAAGCAGGAAGAGGAUAGCGACGAAGAGGAUUCAAGGAAAAGAAGACGCAAGGGUAGUAGCACAUUUGAAGAGAGGAAAAGGAGGAGGCAACGUGAAAAACAGGAAGACUUGGCAGACAAAUUAAAAGAGGAAGAGGAAAUUGCUGAGGCAAGGAGGCGUGCUAUAGAGCUGCAACAGCAGGCAGAUGAAGCAGCUGCGGCGGCUGCGGCAGCCGCAGCAGAGUCUGCUACACUUAUGGAGGUUGAUGGUGAUGAUGAAAAGGAAAGUAAUGUGCAAAACAAGCCGAUUAAUUCAGAUGAUGAUAACAUUACCGGCUUUGCUAAUGGUGGUUAUGCAGAUGAUGACACUCACAAGGACAAUAAUGGCGAUGAAGCAAGUACGAUACAAGGUCAAAUUCUAGAUAUCAAGCAAAAUAGCAAUGCUCCAGCAAAGAAGCUGGGUUUUGGUUUGAUUGGCUCUGGAAAACGAACAUCUGUUCCAUCAGUUUUUGCUGAGGAGGAUGAUGAGGAUAGUAAGGAUAAAAAGAUAAGACCUUUAGUACCUAUCGAUUACUCCACUGAGGAAUUACAAGCUGUGGAGACAGAUUCUUCUGCUGGCCAACAGAAUAUUGUAGCAGCUGCUGAGUUUGCCAAGCGCAUCUUGGUAUCUAAUCAGAAGGAAGAGAAGCUUGAAAGUGAGAAGGAUAGGAGCAGGAGAUCCACUGAUAGGUUGAGCCAAAGGGAUAAAAGUCGAAAUGAGGAAGAUGGUGCUCGCAUCAGUGAUGAGAGAAGAGAAAAGAUGCAGGAUCGAGACAAAGAUAGGCAAGAUAAGCCCAAGUCAGAGAACAAGAAAAUUGUGGAUGCAAAACAACUGAUUGAUAUGAUUCCGAGGACGAAGGAAGAGCUUUUUUCCUAUGAUAUUAAUUGGUCAAUAUAUGAGAAGCAUGAGUUGCAUGAUAGAAUGAGGCCUUGGAUCUCAAAAAAGAUAGUUGAAUUUCUUGGUGAGGAGGAAUCAACUUUGGUGGAAUAUAUAGUCUCGUGCACCAAAGAUCAUGUGCAUGCAUCGAAAAUGCUGGAGCUCCUACAGUCAAUUUUGGAUGUUGAGGCUGAAAUGUUUGUCCUUAAGAUGUGGAGGAUGCUAAUAUUUGAAAUCAAGAAAGUUGAAGCAGGACUAACAGGAAGAGGGAAGGCUUGAAGUUAUUGUUUUCGGGGAGGAAGGGAAGGCUUGAAGUUGAGGCAAUGGUCUUGUACAACAUUCUCUGUUUUUUUUUGUCAGCAACUGUGUUCUCACUUGUAGACUUCUAUUGUGAGACAACCUCUGAAAACAUUUCAGUGAGAUCAAGUUAGUGGUUCCCUAUAUGUUCUGAUGCCUGUUGUAGAAAUGUAUACAUGAACAAAUGAUACAAUAACAUUUGAUCUAAAGUUGUUGCA